AUGAGUACGAAAAGAAUUGCACCAAGUAAGAUUAGUUACACUACUUUGAUGAAGGCUUUCGCAAUGUCGGGGCAACCCAAGUUGGCGAAUAGGGUGUUUGAUGAGAUGAUGAGGGAUCCAAGGGUCAAAGUUAAUUUGAUUGCGUAUAACAUGUUGGUUGAAGGGUAUUGCAGGCUAGGUUUGACUAAAGAUGCGAAGAGAGUAGUUUCAAGUAUGAAAGAAAACAGAUUUUACCCAAAUGUGGCAACUUAUGGGAGUCUAGCCAACGGAGUUUCUCUGGCGAGGAAACCUGGUGACGCGCCCUUGCUUUGGAAGGAAAUAAAGGAAAGGUGUGAGGUGAAAAAGAAAGGAGAGUGUGAAGGAGAUUCUUCAAAUCCUUCUCUUCCAAUGCUGGAACCGGAUGAAGGGUCGUUAGAUAUAUCUUGA